AUGCUUUUCCCUCCUAUUGCACUUACAGUUGCAUUAAGCGCUCCAGUUCUUGCGCUUCGUAUUACCGCUCGCCAGGACAAUUCGGUUGGCCAACCAAUCAGCGUUGGGCUUGCCUCUAACCGCUCCGCGCCUGCCAAUGAGACAUUUGGUACAACCGAAGCAACAAUCAACUGGACCGAACUUCCUAAGUCUCUUUGUGUGGUCCCCAAAUUCGCUAAGGACGCCGGAAUUACUAAUAACACUGAAACGCUACUUCUCACCCAGCAAGCUCUGGAACUCUGCCCUCAGGCUACGAGCAUUGUCUGUGCCGAUUCGAACGUUACCACUACCAAUUGA